AAUACAACCAGAAAAGUAAAUUCAACGUUACCUUUUUUGCUUAAUGGCUGAUAAGAAGAAAAAUAUUGUUCUCAAUGUGAAACUUUUUUUGCUUAAUGGCUGAUAAGACGAAAAAUAUUGUUGUCAAUGUGAAACUUAACAUUAAUUGCUUUUCUUCGCGUAAUUACGAUGCAAAACAGCUGCACUAUGAGCCGUGCACGGACAGCAUCCCUAAAUAACCUCAGACCCCGCUCCGCUUUCACCGCUCAUUCAUUUUUGACUCUCAUUUUCUUCCCUGCUUUUACCCCGAGUCUCUCAAAAUAUUCUUACCCAAAGCCGCCAUUAACUGGCAGAUUUGUUUCUUCUUUCUUAUCCUGCACCUGGAACAGCUUACCUCCGCAUUCAGAUCCGUCACCUUUCGUGUUUUAGAGAGUGAAACAGAAAGGUUAGGGCGACUAUUAGUAAAUCUUUCUGUAACUGUACUUCUUUUUCUUUGAAUAUUUGAAGCUUUCUCGAAGCUGGAUUUGUAGGAGGGAGGUUAGUAAACACUUUUAACAACUCUCAUUUACUCGGUCUUCAGACUCUCUCUUCAAUCCGUUGAAAAACUUGGAUAGAGACAUACAUACAACGAAGGAAUAAAUAAUGGGCUGUUUCGUUUUGACUUGAUAUUCUUCCUCUCAUUAAUUAAUUAAUAGUUUAUAUGUGUGUGUGUAUAUACACAUAUUGUAUAUGUAUAUAUACACAUACCAUACAUACAUAUAUGGUGCAAUUAAGACGGAAAAAAGAGAAAUUUGUGGCUGAGUCGUGAUUGUAUAGCAUAUUGGUAGUGGGCCCAUGGUUAUAUAUGCAAAAGCCUCAUUACAGUUGUAAAUUGUUAUGCCCUGACUAGGCACAUCCGUGUAUGUCCUGCAGUAUUUUGUAUGCGGCCGCUUCACAUUAUACAUAUGGGUUUCCGGUUUUGAAUGUUUCUGACACGCUUUUGGCCUUGAUUUGUAUGUUCCUUUAUUAGUGUUGGUAACUAGUGGAGGCCAUAUACGUGCAUAUCAUGGAAUCAUGCUUUGUUUAAGAGAUUCGUGUGUGAUCAAAGAUCUGGUCUCUGCAUAUACUUAUUUGAGCUGCAUUCUUUAUCAAGGUAAACAAUUGAAGUAGCAUUAUAUUGAUUCACACCACCACAAUAUGGAUGGAAAAUCAUUCAAAGCACCGCCUCCGGACUCACAAAUGGGAAAACUCCAAGGGGGUGGUCCUUCAGUGACCUUUGCAAGGAGGACAUCAUCGGGGCGGUAUGUGAACCUAUCAAGGGACUCGCUUGACAGUGAAAUAAGCGGUGUGGAGUUCGCAAACUACACAGUACACAUCCCGCCUACGCCCGAUAACCAACCCAUGGACCCAUCCAUUUCCCAACGGGUGGAGGAGCAGUAUGUGUCCAAUUCUUUGUUCACAGGAGGGUACAACAGUGUCACACGUGCUCACCUCAUGGACAAGGUGAUCGAGUCAGAAGCCAACAACCAUCCUCAAAUGGCAGGGGUAAAAGGGUCUUCUUGUGCGAUACCGGGUUGUGACGGGAAGGUGAUGCGUGACGAACGGGGUGACGACCUUCUUCCAUGCGAGUGUGACUUCAAGAUUUGUAGGGAUUGCUACAUAGACGCUGUGAAAACGGGUGGUGAUGGGAUUUGUCCUGGCUGUAAAGAGGCUUAUAAGAACACUGAUUUGGAUAAGAACGCCGUCGAUCCAAUCAGGCAACAGCCUUUGUCUUUGCCGUCUAAUGUUGGGAUGUCUAAGAUGGAGAGAAGGUUGUCGUUGAUGAAAUCCGGGAGUAAGUCUGCACUGGUAAGAAGUCAGUCUGGGUUGACUAGGAGUCAAACGGGGGAUUUUGAUCAUAAUAGAUGGUUGUUUGAGACGAAAGGGACUUAUGGUUAUGGUAAUGCUAUAUGGCCAAAGGGGGAAGAAGGUGGAUCUGGAAAUGAGAAAGGUGAUGAGCCUUCUGAACUUCUUAACAAGCCAUGGAGACCCCUCACUCGAAAACUGAAGAUACCUGCUGCUGUUAUCAGUCCGUAUCGGCUCUUGAUUCUGAUUCGGGUCAUUGUGCUUGGAUUGUUCCUUGCAUGGAGAGUCAGCCAUCCAAACAAUGACGCAAUAUGGCUAUGGUACAUGUCAAUCAUAUGUGAAAUUUGGUUUGCCUUCUCCUGGCUGUUAGAUCAACUUCCCAAGUUAUGCCCAAUCAACCGUGCAACUGACCUCAAUGUCCUAAAAGAGAAAUUUGAAACUCCUUCUCCCGCUAAUCCUUCUGGAAAAUCCGAUCUCCCGGGUCUCGACAUCUUUGUCUCAACUGCAGAUCCAGAAAAGGAGCCACCCCUUGUCACUGCUAAUACCAUCCUCUCUAUUCUUGCUGCGGACUAUCCGGUUGAGAAGCUCUCUUGUUAUGUCUCCGAUGAUGGUGGGGCCCUCCUCACUUUUGAAGCCAUGGCUGAAGCUGCAAGUUUUGCAAACAUAUGGGUCCCGUUUUGCAGGAAACACAGCAUUGAACCUAGGAAUCCGGAGACCUACUUUAACAUGAAAAGGGACCCGUACAAGAAUAAGGUCCGUCCUGAUUUUGUUAAGGACCGCAGACGGGCAAAACGGGAGUACGAUGAGUUUAAGGUUAGGAUUAAUGGUCUGCCGGAUUCUAUACGUAGACGGUCUGAUGCUUAUAAUGCCCGCGAAGAGAUUAAGGCUAUGAAACUUCAAAGAGAGGCGGCCGGUGAUGAAUUCUUGGAGCCUAUUAAAAUCACCAAGGCCACUUGGAUGGCAGAUGGGACUCACUGGCCUGGCACGUGGAAUGCUUCCGCCCAUGAGCAUUCAAGAGGUGAUCAUGCUGGAAUUAUUCAGGUGAUGUUGAAACCACCAAGUGAUGAACCACUGCACGGGAACACUACUGGCGAAGGCAACACCGCCAUCGAUUUGACAGAAGUUGAUAUUCGGCUACCGUUACUGGUCUACGUUUCCCGCGAGAAACGGCCCGGCUAUGAUCACAACAAGAAGGCUGGGGCAAUGAAUGCCUUAGUCCGGGCUGCAGCAAUCAUGUCCAAUGGCCCGUUUAUCCUCAACCUCGACUGUGAUCACUAUGUUUACAACUCACAAGCAAUAAGAGAAGGAAUGUGCUUCAUGAUGGACCGCGGUGGUGACCGUUUAUGCUACGUCCAGUUCCCUCAAAGGUUUGAGGGAAUUGAUCCGUCUGACCGUUACGCAAACCACAACACGGUUUUCUUUGACGUCAACAUGCGUGCCUUGGACGGCUUGCAGGGUCCGGUUUAUGUGGGUACGGGAUGUCUCUUCCGCCGGACUGCUCUUUACGGGUUUGAUCCGCCAAGAAACAAGGAAUACCAACCCAGUUGCUGUACCCGUCGGAAGAAACGGUCAUGUGCCAGUGUAGCCGCUGAUCAGGAGGAGGAGGAUAGGGGUCUUAAGAUGAGUGAUUUUGAUGACGAGGAGAUGAAUUUUGAUGCUUUCCCCAAAAGGUUCGGUAACUCGAGCCUUCUCAUUGAUUCGAUCCCAGUUGCUGAGUUCCAAGGUAGACCGCUUGCUGAUCACCCGGCAGUUAAAAAUGGGCGCCCUCCCGGUGCCUUGACCAUUCCCAGAGACCUUCUGGAUGCGUCCACAGUUGCCGAAGCCAUCAGUGUCAUCUCGUGUUGGUACGAGGACAAGACAGAAUGGGGUAACCGGGUUGGGUGGAUAUACGGAUCUGUGACAGAAGAUGUGGUGACAGGUUACCGGAUGCACAACCGUGGGUGGAGAUCUGUGUAUUGCGUCACUAAGAGAGAUGCAUUCCGUGGGACGGCACCCAUCAACCUGACAGACAGGCUCCAUCAAGUUCUGCGGUGGGCUACCGGUUCCGUGGAGAUCUUCUUUUCCCGGAACAACGCUCUGCUGGCCAGCCCCAAGAUGAAAAUACUGCAGAGAAUCGCGUACCUCAACGUCGGCAUCUACCCAUUCACCUCCUUGUUCCUCAUCGUCUAUUGCUUCCUUCCGGCCCUCUCAUUGUUCUCAGGUCAGUUUAUAGUCCAAACCCUCAACGUUACGUUCCUCACGUACCUGCUAGUCAUCACUCUGACACUGUGCAUGCUUGCUGUUCUCGAGAUCAAGUGGUCGGGAAUCAACCUGGAGGAGUGGUGGCGGAACGAGCAGUUUUGGCUGAUUGGGGGGACAAGCGCCCACCUGGCCGCUGUUCUACAGGGUCUGCUCAAAGUGGUGGCUGGGAUAGAGAUUUCCUUCACCCUCACUUCCAAGUCAGCCGGGGACGAGAAUGACGAUGAAUUUGCUGAUCUUUACAUUAUCAAAUGGAGUUCACUUAUGAUCCCACCCAUCACCAUCAUGAUGACCAAUUUGAUUGCGAUAGCUGUAGGGUUUAGUAGAACCAUAUACAGUACCAUCCCACAAUGGAGCCGUUUGAUCGGGGGUGUGUUCUUUAGUUUCUGGGUUUUGGCUCACCUUUACCCCUUUGCUAAAGGGCUAAUGGGAAGAAGAGGUAGGACACCCACUAUUGUGUUUGUUUGGUCAGGCCUUAUUGCUAUUACCAUAUCACUCCUUUGGGUCGCCAUCAAUCCUCCAUCUGGUACUUCUGAAAUUGGUGGCUCAUUCCAGUUCCCUUGAUUUAUUAGUAUUCUUAUUGUUAUUAUACGUAGUAUUUAUUAUUUAUUAUUAUUAUUAUUAUUAUUAUUAUUAUGGGCUUUUGCCCUUGAUAUUACUAAUUUCAGGACCAAUUCUAUAAAAGUGAGUACAUUUAUAAAAAGACAGAAAAGUGAGUAGCGGCUAA